UCGAUCAACUUUAUAAUAUUUAUGUAACUAAAUUAAUUAAUUAUUAGAAAAUACAAAAAACAAGCAAUGGUGACGUAGUUAUUAUAAUUAAAUUAGAAAGAUAUAACAAAGGCUAGUGUGUGAUUGGUUUCGUGUAUUGGAUUUGUUGAAAUUAAAUUAUUUCUAUUAAAAUGACGGGGACUACACCAGGAGAGACUGUUACCGAAGGCCACACAGUGUAUUCAAAAGUUGCAAGUGCUCUAUUUUACGGUUUUGCAUCUUUUAUGAUCACUGUAGUCAAUAAAACGAUUCUAACCUCUCAUCAUUUUCCAUCGUUCCAAGUUUUAGGACUAGGACAGAUGAUGGCUACGAUUAUUUUAUUGUUCUGCGCCAAGAAUUUGUCAAUAGUCAAGUUCCCUGAUUUUGAAAAGUCCACGUUCAGGAAGAUCUUCCCAUUACCUUUUAUUUAUCUAGGUAACAUGGCCUUCGGUCUUGGAGGCACACAGUUUCUGAGCUUGCCCAUGUUUACGGCUUUAAGAAGAUUCUCAAUACUUUUCACAAUGAUUUUGGAGCUUAAGAUCUUGAAGAUAUAUCCUAAUAAAGGUGUGCAGAUCAGUGUGUAUGCUAUGGUCUUCGGAGCCCUGUUAGCAGCCAGUAGUGACUUAUCAUUCAGCUACAUCGGUUAUUCGUACGUUAUGCUGAAUAAUAUAUUCACUGCUGCCAAUGGAGUGUAUAUGAAGAAGAAGUUAGAUGCUAAAGACUUAGGAAAGUAUGGCUUAAUGUUUUAUAAUGCUUUAUUCAUGCUUGGACCGUCCGUAGCCUUAGCAUAUUGCACUGGAGAUAUCGAUAAGUCUUUGCAAUAUGAACAUUGGGACGAUAUGUUUUUCUUAGUACAAUUUUUAUUAUCCUGCGUUAUGGGUUUUGUUUUAACCUACAGCACUAUUUUAUGUACUCAUUACAACAGUGCGUUGACUACGACAAUUAUUGGCUGUUUGAAAAACAUUUGUGUCACUUAUUUGGGUAUGAUAAUAGGUGGUGACUAUGUUUUUUCGUUUGUGAACUUUCUAGGAAUCAAUGUGAGUGUUCUUGGGAGUCUUUUAUAUACUUAUGUUACAUUUAGAAGAAAAGAACCUGUUGCAAAACAACAAGCAAAGAUUGAAUCAGUUUGAGAGGAAAUUUUUGUACAGAUCUGUAAUAUUUUUUACCAAAACAAGUUUUUGAAAAUUUAAACAUAUUGUCUGUGAGUAUUUAGGAUUUUACUAAAACAAAAACGAGAAUGUCUAUGAAAUAUAAAAUAUAUAAUAAUGAUAAAUUGAAUCGGCAACCUAUAUUUAUUAAUAAAUUCGUUUAUCUAUAUAAUUUUUGUGGACAUUCUCGUCAGCAUGAAAAAAUAGCGAACUGAACUCUAUUAACACUUGUAAAUAAUAAAACAUGCAAACAUUUUGAGAAAAAACUCAAUUUGUUUGCAAAUUGGCCAAAAACUUGAGAAAUUUGCUAAAUUAUAAAAUAAUUAUGCAUUUAGAUAGAUUAUUAUAUAAUUCACUCCUACCACUCGGCUGUCCCUCUGAGAGGACUACGUAACUGGGAGUUUGUGUGCCUUUUCUGAGGUACUCGGAAGUUUUUUUUACACAAUGACUUAGUUUGUACUGACUAGAUCAGGGAUGAGCAACACGCGGCUCGCGGGCUUUUUAAGGCAUUUUGAAUAUCUUUCUGCGGCCAGCCAAGUAGAAUUUUAUUUAUUUCAUCAACUUUCAUCCAUCAAUCAAUUUUUUAUAAUGUAUUAAUUUGUUGUUGCAGUAAUUUAUGAAAUAUUUUUUUUUUUCAUUUAGUAUUUUUAUAUUUAAUGUUUAUUUGUAUAUAUCAACGGCGCCGCCGCCGCUCAGCGACAGUAUUGUUAGUGUUUGUAUUUUUGUUCAGUUUACAUAAUAUGAUAUGAAGAAAUGAUUUUGUUAUUGCAUAUAUAUAAUAAUUUAAACUUUAUCGAUUUUUGACAUUAUAAAUGGACACGUGAGGAACUCUUUUUUCAAUAUUCAUAGGACAUAUUAUUGUUAUAUGUUUAUGUUAAAAAUUAUUAUUAAGUACAGCCUGCUAUUUAAUUUAAAAAAUUCAAUAAGACCCGUGAGUUAUAAAGGUUGCUCAUUCUUAGAGAAUUUAUUCAGUGAUAAGACAGUAAUAUUCUCUUUACAAAAUUUGUUAUUAGUUAUUUUCAUAGUAUUUUUUUUACUCUUUUUAUUAUUAAUCUUUUGUUCUACAGUAAAAUGACCAAGCUUAAAAUGAAACUUUUAUCAAAAAAGACAGAGACCAUAGACCUUACACUACAUGGACUGCUAGUCGAGCGCAAAAUAAGUGUCAAAAGAUUGAAGGGGACUGUGACGUCACUGAAUGAACGGGCGUUGCCGACAAUCGUGGAAGACUCCCGAUUGAUUAAAUGUUAUAUGUCAUGUGCUUAACCUAAAAUUAAACGUCUAUGCAUAGACCUUAUAACAUUUUCUUAUCAAUGCCUUAUAAUUAGGCUUGCACCGAAUAUUCGGUUACUAUUCGGUAUUCGGCAUAUUCGGCACCUUUUUUGAUAUCGGCCGAAUAGUAACCGACUAUUCGGCCGAAUACCGAAUAGUUAAAAUCAAAGAAACCGCCGCCG